AUGUCGUUCGCCGACUUCUUUCCCGCAGCCCCCAAAGCUGCAAAAAGAGCUGCAGAGGAACGACAACGAGCGCGGGGCAAACCAACCGAUAUUCUCUCUGCCACGAGCGUCUCUGCCGGGGUCAUAGUCCGCCCGUCAGGGUCUGAAGAUUCACAAAUCUCCCGCCCCGGCGGUGUCACGAGCGGUUCAAUUAUCGAACAGGCCGUGACGGGCCAAGAGGACAGUGAAUCCGUGCCAGGAGACCUUUUGAACGGAGUAGGCUCCGCGAGCUCUCACGCAAGCACCGUGUCUUCUGUCUUCAGCGCGAAUAAUCAACUCUCAAUCAUUUCCAAUGCCGGCGCAAUUUCUAACCUUCAUAAUCUCACACCUCUAACAAACACCGAGUCCUCUCCCCCCGGAAAAGCGCCGAGCUCUCCUCAAUUCAAAUCCACCUAUGGCCAUACCCCUACGGAUGGCUCUCCUGGCUUUGUUGAGCCAUUGCCCGACUCUGACGCAAUGGUCGCAAAUGCAAUGACACCAGCGCACACCCCACUUGAGUCGCGCCUCUCUGCCCGGCCUGCUGGUGUCAAAGGAUCCAUAGCCACAUAUGAUCCUGAGCUUGACCCGAAGCUCAAUUCGAAGCAGAAGCGAAAAUUAAAAGCAGUAUAUCGAGAGUUUGGUGAAGAGGACGAUGAUCUACCUCCCAAAGACCCCCGAUUAGCAAUUCCUCACUAUACCAAAGGCGCAGCCAACAAGCCUAAAUGCAAACUCAGAACCGCGCCUUAUAUCCUGAAAGCCUUUCCGUUUGACUCUGCCACAUCUGUCGGCCCAGGCCCCCCCACACAGGUAGUCGUUACUGGUUUCAAUCCGCUGACGCCCGUCUCACACAUCAAUGCACUGUUUUCGAGCUUCGGCGAGAUUGCUGAAACGAGUAACAAGACCGACCCAAUAAGUGGAAGUCUCUUGGGCGUAUGCUCGAUCCGGUACAAGGACAGGAUAGUGCGCGGCGCGGCGCCCCAGCUUGCCAUUGAUGCUGCGAGAAGGGCGGAGAAAGGGGGCACUGGCCAGCGCAUUGGGACGUACACUGUGCGGGUUGAGAGAGAUCGAGAAGGUCGGCGAUGUAGACGCGCCGUCGAGGCGGUGCUCCAUCGAUUAAGAGGUGAAGAGAAGAAGCCGGAAGAAAAAGAGACGCCUCCGCAAACCGUCCCGAACUCUGCGCCGCCCCCAACCGCACCCAAGGGCCCCUCAGUCAAGGUCGCACCAAAGAUUCCCGAAGGCCCAAAGAAUACCAGCCGGCCAGGAUUUCCAUCUCUAGUGGAGGAAAGCCCGAUCCUGAACCAGCUAAAGCGGGAGCCUUACAUCUUCAUCGCCCAUUGCUAUGUCCCGGUUCUUAGCACAACGGUCUCGCACCUUAAGAAGCGUUUGAAGGCUUUCGAUUGGAAGGAGGUCCGAUUGGAUAAAACAGGGUACUAUGUCAUUUUUGACAACUCCCGACGUGGUGAGGACGAGGCCUUGCGAUGCUACAAGGCGUGUCAUAUGACGCCACUUUUUACAUAUAUCAUGAAUAUGGAAUGUCAGCAAUAUGGCAAUCCCAGCUACGAACGCAGCCCGAGUCCUGGCCAGGUGGAAGCGGAGAAACGCGACAAGGCCGAGCGAGAACGGCGCAGGGUGGAAUAUGAGCAAGAGAUUGAAAUCCAAAAGAAGCAAAGAGCGAGCGAUUUAGACCCUGUGCGAGAGGCUGCCGACAUUGUGAGACGAGAACUCAUUGAGAAGCUUCUGAGCGACAUCAAGUCUCGCAUCGCUGGGCCGGCACUCUUCAACUACCUCGAUCCCGACCGACACGUCGACAAAAGACGCAGGCUGGGAAUUUCUGAUCCGUAUGACACCCGGCGGCCCACGAUUCACAUUGAGCGAACCGAUGAGAGUCCUCUGGCUGGUACGCCAGAUUCGCGGGCCGAUCCGAUGGCAGCAGGCCAACGCCGGCCGCUUGGCUCCUCGACCCUUAACAUCACGGCACUGCCUCGAAUCAGGAAGGGUGCUGGCACAAAGCAAGGCAUUGUGGGCUUUGCCGACGAGCGGCGAAAACGGCCUGUGCCUAGAAAGGCUGAUAUUCGACCUCUUCACCACCGGCUUCAUCAAUUCUACGAUGAGGAGGACUCGGAAGAUGAGCAAAGGACGCCAAUGACGAGAGAUACUGAAGAGCAGGAGAGCAGGCCUCUUAGCAGGAUGAGCACCACCAGUGCCGAGUCAGAAGACGAAAACGCCAAAGUACCGGUCAAAGACCGCACAGAAGAAGACUUGGAAUCUCGAUGGGGCGGUGAAGAUGAAGGCGAAGACGGCCAAGCUACGACAUUUAUCCACUCUGAUGCCUACAGGGAUGAGACGGUGGAUGCUAGUAUAGAAGAGCUUGCUCGCGAAGCGAACAUGCUGCCGUUGAGUUCCAAGAAGAGAAAACGGUUACUCAAGGAACUGGAGGCACGAAAGAAACAGAGAGAGGAUGAUAAGUUGUUUGGUAUUGAGAGGGAGGACAUUGAGACAUUUGAAGCCGCGCCCAUCAAUAUCGAGAUUGAAGUACCUGGAGAGGAGCAGGAAGUCAAGGCCGAAGCCGAAACUCCGGUGGAAGAUCUCGGCGAACUACCUGACGCGACAGAGGCCACGGCCAAGACAAAACCGAAGAAGAAGGGCGCGAAGCCAAAGAAGAAGUCGAAGAAGCAGUUGUUUGAGGAACGGGAACUCAAAAAGGCACAAGAGAGAGCGCUGCUCGAAGAUAUUCAAGAGGAGCAACCUGCCGAGGAAAUCGAGGAGGAGCCGCAGCCAGAGGAGGAGAUUGAGCCAGAAGCCGAGGUUGAACCUCCGAGGGCGGAGGUGGAAUGGGGCGUAUCUUCAGAUGUACCCAGGCGAACCGUGGAGGAUGACGAGAGUAUUAUCCUCGACCUGGAUGGAUGGCAACAUCUCAUCAAGGACAAUGAAGAUCUCCACUUCCUUCAAGACGUGCUCAAGGACGAGCCAGAGGCUGACUUGGGCCACGCGGCCGCUUGGGCAUGGAAACAAAAGGAGAUUAAGGCUCUCAACCGGGGCGGCGAGCGCGGACCAGUGCGGAGCAAGACAAUGAUUGAAGGAUACUAUGUCCCGAACGCUUCAGGCUCGGCACGGACAGAAGGCACAAAGAAGAUUUUGGAGUCUGAAAAGUCCAAAUACCUGCCGCACCGCAUCCGCGUGCAAAAGGCCAGAGAGGAACGCGAAGCGCAAGCCAAGAACGAGACACAGUCGGUCGUGGACGCAGCCAAGCUUGCUGCUGCCAAGAGCAUCUCCGGCUCAUCAUCGCGCUCUAACCGUGCGAACAACCGCCGCCUCGUCGCCGACAUUAACGCUCAGAAGCAAGUCAUUAGCGGUGAUGCGGACGUGCUUCGGUUCAACCAGCUCAAGAAGAGAAAGAAGCCGGUCAAGUUUGCCCGCUCCGCCAUCCACAACUGGGGUCUGUACGCCAUGGAGAAUAUCUCUGCCAACGACAUGAUUAUCGAAUACGUGGGCGAAAAGGUCCGACAGCAGGUGGCAGAUAUGCGCGAGAGACGAUAUCUCAAGAGCGGCAUUGGAAGCAGCUACUUGUUCCGAAUUGAUGAAACCACCGUCAUCGACGCGACCAAGCGUGGAGGCAUUGCCCGAUUCAUCAACCACAGUUGCACGCCAAACUGCACGGCAAAGAUUAUCAAGGUCGAAGGAAGCAAGCGGAUCGUCAUUUAUGCCCUUCGGGACAUUGCUCAAAACGAAGAACUCACGUACGAUUACAAAUUCGAGCGUGAAUUCGACAGCGACGAUCGUAUUCCUUGCUUGUGUGGCUCUUCUGGCUGUAAAGGCUUCCUCAAUUAG